AUGAAUGAAGAACAGAAAAUUUUAGAAGAUAUUGCUGUUAGAUUUAUUAUCAAUCAGCCAUAUUUCGAAGAAGGAGCCAAAAUUGAUUUAUUCGAUCUUUAUAUCCAAUUCGAACAAGCUUAUUGGCAUUAUAUUGAUUUUUAUUCAAACAAAUUCCAUAAGAAAAAUCAAGACUCUAUUAAGGAUAAGUACAAAACAUUCAUAAAGGAAUUAAUUCAAUUAAUUCCUCCUUUACAGCCCUUUGAAAGCAAAAUUCUCAAUGCAAUGCCAAAUUUCGACAAAUUCAAAAUGAGUUGCCCUGUUGCAGGUAUCAUAUGCUUCAAUGCAGACAAAUCUAAAGUCAUUGUAGUAAGAGAUUAUUCAAGUAGUCAUUCAAUUGGUUUUCCGAAGGGUAAGAUAUCUGAAGGUGAAUCUAUUGCACAGGCAGCAAUACGCGAAACUAUAGAAGAAAUUGGAAUUGACGUUUCUCCUUAUUUUCGACCAGAUCAAUACAAAUGCAUCAGCAAGAAGAAAGAUUAUCAUUUCUUUUAUGUUGUUGGUGUACCAGAGAACGCAGUCAUGAGUACAAUCCAAAGAAACGAAAUUUAUUCGCAACAAUGGUAUCCUGUUAAAGAAUUACGCAACGAAUUGAGUAUGUCUAAGAUUAUGUCGAAGUUGCUUAGCUGGAUAGAAGAAAUUUCAAAUUCAUAA